UUUCUCAAUUCAACCCCAAAACGUGCUUUUGUAUUUUGUGUCCUUUUAUUUAACCUCAACGGCAGAGAAAACACAGGUCAAAUCCUCAAUGCUCAACAAGCUGCCUUCUCUCUCUCUCUCUCUCUUUCUCUCUGCUCUUUUGGCGGCCAUGAACAACAAAAACCAGAGGACUUGUAAAACUCUCAAACCCAGCUUUCUCAUUCCCUCCCUUUAUCCAUUCCCUCUGAUGAAACUCCAUUAGACCUGUUUUUUUCUCUCGGUAUUCGUGUUCUUCCCUCAACUUUUCCUAAAGCCCAUUUCAUUUCAGUUCUCUCUCAAAAGGAGAGGAUUGGAUACAGCUACAGAGGGGCUUGUUUGAGAUCUGGGUUUUGUGUAUUCACUUCUGUUUUGGCACUUUUUGGGGUCUGUUUGCCUGGUUUCAAGCUUUGUGUGGUGGUGGGGGAUUGGGAUCUGAAGACUGUCAAAUGGGUAGUAAAUGGAGGAAAAUGAAGGUGGCUCUUGGUAUGAAUCUCUGUGUUUUUGUUCCCAAAACACUGGAGGACUCUUCCCCUUCGCCUGAUUCUGAUUCCACCGAGAGAUUUUCUGAUGCUGCCCUUCUUUCUCCUGCGCAUUGGGGCUCCUCUCGCCCUUCAACCCCAACCCCUUCCUCUCAUGGCUUCACUUUCUCCAAAAGUGGCAGUAAAUCUUCAAAGCAAACGUGCUCGAUUUGUUUGACGAAGAUGAAACAAGGAGGUGGACUUGCCAUUUUUACUGCUGAAUGCUCGCAUUCCUUUCAUUUUCACUGUGUUGUGUCGAAUGUUAAACAUGGCAAUCAAAUAUGUCCAGUUUGCAGAGCAAAAUGGAAAGAAAUCCCUGUGCAAGGUCCCAAUUUGGACCCUCCUCGUGGAAGAACAUCAGUUGGUCCUACUGGCUGGAAUCAGAAUAAUGCUUUAAUGACUGUUGUUCGACGAUUACCUCCGCCUCGAAGGGAUUUGAGUCGGCGUCUCAUCGUUCCCCUAUGUCAGGCUCCCGAGCCAGGUGUGUUCGACGAUGAUGAAUUGUUAGGUAACCAGACUAUUUGUGCUGAAAGUUCUUGCAACAGAAAUGGUGAAGAUGUUGACUCCAAUAAAAUAAUAGAGAUGAAAACAUAUCCAGAGAUCUCUGCUGCUCCAAAGUCCAAAUCCUAUGAUGAUUUCGCUGUACUCGUCCAUCUUAAAGCGGCUGCUUCGGUUAAGAGACAGAGUUGUACUGGAAACCAGGCUAGUUUGCCUCAAUUUUCUCUGACUCCCCGUGCUCCAGUCGAUUUAGUAACAGUUCUUGACAUCAGCGGUAGCAUGGCGGGUACUAAACUUGCAUUGCUAAAACGAGCAAUGGGAUUUGUGAUACAGAAUCUUAGCUCCAGUGACAGGCUCUCUGUAAUUGCCUUCUCUUCAACAGCCCGCCGCCUCUUUCCUCUUCGUCAGAUGAAUGACACGGGUCGCCAACAGGCCUUGCAGGCUGUCAAUUCUUUAGUUGCAAAUGGUGGAACCAAUAUUGCUGAAGGUCUAAGAAAGGGUGCUAAGGUGAUGGAAGAUCGAAGGGAAAAGAAUGCUGUUUCGAGUAUAAUACUGUUGUCGGAUGGCCAGGACACGUACACGGUCAGUGGUUCGGGGGUUAACCAAUCACAACCAAAUUACCAGUUGCUUCUCCCUUUGUCAAUGCAUGCUAAGGACGAAUCCGGAUUCCAGAUUCCAGUUCACUCUUUUGGAUUUGGUGCAGAUCAUGACGCUUCCUCUAUGCACUCGAUUUCUGAGAUAUCUGGGGGAACCUUUUCGUUCAUUGAGACUGAAGCUGCAAUCCAGGAUGCAUUUGCGCAGUGCAUUGGGGGGCUUUUAAGCGUCGUGUUGCAGGAACUACAAGUAGCAAUUGAAUGUGUGCACCCAAAUAUCCAUCUUGGAUCACUAAAAGCUGGAAGCUACCCAAGUCGUCUGAUGGUUGGCGGACGCGCAGGACUUAUUGAUGUCGGAGACUUGUAUGCUGAUGAAGAGAGAGACUUUCUGGUCUCAGUCAAUGUCCCUGUAGAGCCUUCCAUAAAUUCAACACCGCUGCUAAAAGUUCGAUGUGUUUACAGGGAUCCCAUCACCAAACAAACAACGACGCUGGAGAGCGACGAAGUUAGGAUCGAGAGAACCGAGAUGGGAGGACAAGGGGUAGUGUCUGUGGAAGUGGACUGCCAAUGUAACCGCCUCCAAGCAGCCGAGGCAAUGGCGCAGGCAAGAAUUGCAGCUGAACAGGGGGACUUAGCUGGUGCAGUUGCCAUACUUGAGAAGUGUAGGAUGGCGUUAUCGCAAACCGUGUCUGCUAAAUCCCACGACAGACUGUGUGUUGCCUUAGAUGCUGAGCUCAAGGAAAUGCAAGAGAGGAUGGCGAGCAGGCACGUAUACGAGGCAUCAGGAAGAGCGUACAUUCUUUCAGGACUAAGCUCACAUUCUUGGCAAAGAGCAACAGCAAGAGGCGACUCAACUGAUAGCUCAAGUCUCGUCCAGUCCUAUCAAACCCCAUCGAUGCUCGAGAGAAUUGGGUAUAAGUGUGUGAUUGUGAACAUCUUUGACAACUCUUGACCUAAUAUAUAGUUUGCUUGCCUCUCAA